AUGGCGAAUCCUUCGCGAGGGAGACCGCGUCUUUCGGGCUCUGCCAAGCUAGUGCGGCUUAGAUCUUCUGUAUAUGACUUAUGGAACCAAAGAAAGUCAUCGCUUGGUUUCGAAAAUACCACAAAUAGUGAGUUUGCUGAGUUUCUGCUCCAUUUACCCACGGAAGAGAGGAGAGAUGUGGAUGUUACCGGCACAAGCAAAAAUUCUACCACUUGUAGUUGUAGCAUGACACAAUUGAAUAUUGUACCUGGGAAUCCAUUUUCUACAUGUGAAGACCAGUCUGGGAGCUCCUCAGAAUCAGAUAGUGAAGAAGAUAGUGUUCAUGACUUUGACGUUAGAAUGGAUUYUAUUGUUGAGGAUUUAUGCAAAACAGAUGAUGAUAGUGAAAGUGAAACAAGUUUUGUAUCUGACAUGGAUAUAUCUGAGAGAGAUGAUGAAGCCACUCUAACAAUGGUGGAAGAUGUUUUCCCUGAAGAAGAAACUGAAGAUAUUCAAAUAUCAAUGUGUUCUGGCACCAGUCCAACUAUGAACUUCUCUCUUCAAUCACAGUCUUCUGGUCAAUCUCUGUCUGAUACAGUAUCAACUGAAGAAACUGAAGAUAUUCAAACAUCAAUGUGUUCUGGCAACAGUCCAACUAUGAACUUCUCUCUUCAAUCRCAGUCUUCUGGUCAAUCUCUGUCUGAUACAGUAUCAACUGAAUCUUGUUUGAAUGUAACAAGUGAGCCAUUACAGCAAAAUGAAAAGGGAGAUGCUAUAGACAGGUCUUUAGAAGAAAAUUCACAGGAAGUGCUGUUGUCAUUUCAAAGGUCAUUCGAAAAAUUAAAAGAAGUUGAUGGACUUGAGGAUAUGAUUGAGCUACAUUCUAGGGAACGUGUUAUGGUGUCAACCCAAAAGCUUUUGGAUCUAAAAGGGGACUUCUGCACUGCCACAUUGCAGGAUGGUCAAGUGUGUGGAAAGGUUCUUCAACAUUGGGGCAAGCGUGUUGGAACAUGCAUCGAGAUUGACUGGAAAUGUAGUAGYGGACAUUAUGGUAAAUGGGAAUCAUCUGAGAUUGUGACCUACAAUAGGUAUUCAAAGGUCUAUGCCAAUAAUUCCCUUUUUGCUAUUGCCCUUGUGCUUUCAGGCAAUAACUUUGCAAAAAUAGAUUUGUUUUGCAAAGCUCUCAAGCUUUAUGGUUUGAGCAAGAACAGCUUUUGCCAUUUUCAGAGAAAUUGUGCUUUGCCAGUAGUGCAAAAUGUUUGGGCAAAGAUGAACAGAGAAGUUAUCAAUACUAUUAAAGUAUACAAGGACCUCUGCUUGAGUGGAGAUGGACGAAACGAUUCGCCUGGACACAGCGCUCGAUACUGUGUGUAUUCAUUGAUGGAGCAUUGUACCAAGGCCAUUGUUGACCUGGCAGUUAUUGAUAAAAGAGAGACCGGGGGGAAUUCCAUUACUAUGGAGAGGGAAGGGCUGAAGAGGCUCUUAGAGAAGCUAAUGAAGGAAAUUACUAUAAGUGAGCUUUGCACAGAUGCAUCAUCUACCAUUAUAAAGCUUGUGAGGGAUAUGAAAGCAAAAUUUCCUGAACUGAAGCAGAUAGUCCACUCAUUGGACAUUUGGCACAAGGCCAAGAAAUUAUCCAAAUCUUUGCAUAAGGCUGCUAAAGUCAAGAGCUGUGCAGGUUUGAAAGUAUGGAUUGAACCAAUUGUAAAUCACUUUUGGUACUGUGCACAGUCUUCGAAUGGGGAUGUCAAYGAAUUGAAAAAGGAUCAAAUGGUUGGUACAGUGCACCCGUGUACAAUCUGUUAA